CAUAAAACCAGGAAGUUAGUAUCCAUACUGAAAUGUUCAGUAUACUGAGGUGGACCCAAAAACGGCAUACUGAAUGACCAGGAGAGUUCAGUAUACUGAAAAGUAGGUACUGCUUACUGACCUGUGACUAUUCGGAGAAUCUUCAGUAGCCCGAGUUCAGACCAGAUCCAAAUAUAAGUUGUGCUGUAACUGUGUACGAACUGUCACCGGUAUCCACAGACUGCGCUGAUGGGGAAGAGAAGUCAACACAGAGAUCCAAAGAGGGACCUUGGGACCAUCUUACCAGGGCCUGGGACCAGAUAAAGAAAACUCAGCUGCAACAUAAAGAAGAUAUUCAAGUUGAGAAAGAGAAGAUGGAAGAAGAAAAAGGAGAAACGGCCGUCACCUCCUCUGCUGGGAGUGAGGCCUGCAGCAGUGAGCAAACAGCUGAAUCCUCACAGGUGGGGAAGAUAAAUUUAGACAGAAAAGACCCGUUAUUUAAUACAGCGCUUCAAGAGUGUUUAAAGUAUCUUGACAAAUAUAGAGAAAUGCAUUUGACCUCAACCCAGUUAAAGGCCAUGAGUCUGAAAGAAGUGAGAAUAUCUGAGAGACAACUUGUCCAACUACUUCCUGUUUCUUCUCAAGAACCCACUAAAAAAAUGUUAUCCGAACUACGAAAAAAUGAAGACUACAGCGGUUUUAAUACUGUUCCACCUAUUCAAGGUAUGUCAGGAGGACUGUUUCCUGACUACAAUAGAACACCGACAUAUCAAUGCCAUGGUUUACAUUUGCCUGUAGAAACGUCACAUCCCUGCAACAUAAGCCUUCCUGAUUGUGGUUCUUCAUCCACGCUCUUCCGCUGGUCUUCAUCUCCUUGGCUUAGACACUGGAAUACGGUUGCAGAUGACUCAUUACCUACAGAGCAGGAACAGUUGAAUAAAGACAAAUCUGAGUCAUUACAACCAAAUGAAGAAAGUCAAACUUCCAUGUCAGACAGACACGCAACUAAAGAUGAGAAGAUUUUGGGACACAAUAAACAAAGUCAACAAUCAACUGAAUCAGGCUCCUCUCUUGUGUUUGGCAGGAGCCAGUGUGUGGAGAAAAGUAAUCAGCAGACACCAUACUUUCCCUCACCUUACAAUCGGUUUAUUCUGCCAUCACAUUACUUGUCACAUUACUUGUCGUGCCCACAAAGAACCCCUGAUAUUUUCCAAGGUCCCAUCAAUGAGGAGGAACAAAAAGAAGAGAAUCGCUCCAUCAGUGACCCUUUCAGCCUUUUUGAACAGCCUCAAAUUUCUUCAGAUGAUGUUAGUCUUCCACAUGACCACUCACAUGAAACAUCAGACCAAUUUGUUUGCAAAAGUGUCUUCCCCAUGAUUCCUCCCAAAAAACUAGGCAAACGUAGAUUUUCAAGUAAGCCUGUGGGUGAUCAUCAUACACUCGAAGAGACAAGGACUAGACGCUCUGAUUCUGAUCAGUGGCCCCUAUCCACUCUGGUUCCUCCUAUAGAUUACUGUUUUUUUACUAGUUUGAACAUGGAAGCCCAGACCUUAGAUCUCCAACAAUCAAGUGACACUGAAGAAAUUGGAGCACAAGAUCUAUUGGACUGCUUGUCUUUCCAGUCUGAACACAAGUCAGGAAGGGACAAUGCUGCUCAGGAAGAGCUGGAUGCAGCUGUUACAGCUGUGAGCUGCUCCGUACCAAACACCCAGCCAGCCCGUUCUCCGAUACAAAUCUGCUCCUCAGGUCCUGUUUUCAGAGCUUAUGGAUCCUUACCUCGUUCUUACAGCCUCCCCUCACUGAGUCACAUGACCUCUGCAGACAACACCUUAACACGGUCAUGUAGUUUACCUGAGCUUUGGUUAAAAGCCAGCUGUGAGCAGUUUACACCUGAUAUCAGUGAUGAUGAAGACGAUGAAACCUACAGGUUCCAGUGCUCCUGCCCGGGCCUGUACCAGUGCAGCGUGACUGGCCUGGUGUUCCACAUGGAGCGCGAAGGGGACGUGGUUUACAGGACGGUCCCCUGGAACAGGAAGUUACUGUCCAAUCAUCACAAGCAGCCUGCAGGACCGCUGUUCGACAUCAAAUGUGAGCAGCAGAGUGUGUGUCAGCUCCACCUCCCACACUGCCAGAUCCGCUCCUCAGGCAGACCUCAGUUCUUGUCGGUGGCUCACGUGAAUGAAGAGGGCAUCGAGUUCAUUGUCCCUCAUAACAUAACAGAAACUCACGUCAUCAUAAACAUCUCAGGCUUUUCUGGUUUCGGUAUCGUCAAGGAGGAAGACUCUCCACCUGACCCGGUCCGAGCGCUGGUUCUGCUGUUCUACAGGCCCCCGGCUAAUCCCGAUCCCAGCUCCCUCCUCAAGGUGUUGUUGCUGCCGACGAACGUGGUGCUCCGUGACGUGCUGCGCACCAGGAAGAAGUUAGUUGGAGAUGAGAGCUACAUAGAGACGUCCCCACACUGUAAACUGCACCCACAGCAGGAUUACACUCUGUCCACCUGUCCUGAAGACGACACUGUUCUAGUGGAGCCAACAGCAGCAGAGUUUGAAUGUCACAACUAUGACAACUACUUUCCAUCAUUCCAGGUGAAUUUAGAGCAGAUCAUGAAACACAUUACGCUGGUUUUGAGACAUACUACCGACUCCUGCAGUGUCUGGAAAAGACAAGUUUUUCUUUGGUCCUCUGGGGUAAACGGGUCCUGUGGGCCGAGCACCCUGAAACAGCCUGCAAAGCAGAGGCUGUUGGCCAUACGGUGCAGCUUCAUUGCGGGGGUAUCAGCACCUGUCCUCAAAAGUCUGCUGGACAAACUGUUUGAGGAAACGGUGAUGACCGACUCUGAGCGGGAGUCAACGGACGAGAUGCCAAACACAAGUGACAAAGCUCGCUCCGUAAUCGACACGGUGAGGAAGAAAGGUGAUGCUGCGAGUUCAAAGAUGAUUAAGGCUCUCUGUGACCUCGACCCCUUCCUCUGUAAACACCUGAGACUGAUCUGAAGCUGAAUGAAGGUGUUUGGUGUUGGACAUGGAGACCCAGGGGUUACUAACUGAUCUUUAAAAAUAUCUGUGGUAAGCUGAGUGUAUCAGGUGUGUAAUUUUAAAAUCGCUGAAUUCAGAAACGUUACAACUUGUGACCUUUCUAACUUAAUACAAAUUUAAAACACAUUUUAUAUCACAAAGUGUUUUUUUUUUAACUAAUCAAGAUGUUUCAGACUCAUUUGUUAAUGCAUUGUGAUUGCUAAAGGAUUUUUACUAUGCAAAGUGCCAUUUUUACAUACAUUGCUUUUCUUUCUUUCAAUUACAGUAUGUGUUUUUGUGUUAUUGCUUUUGUACCUUUAAAUCAUUCAAACAACAUACAAUUAAAUCAGUUGGUCUUUUAAAGUUAUGGUUAAAUAACUAUGUUCAGGGAGCCUGUCAUUGGUUUUUUUACAAAGUUUCAAUAAUUGUCAGAUCAUUAUUCCACGAUUCAUGAUAAUAUUCAUGAUAAAAGUGAAAAUAUGUUUUUCUUUUUGCUUUUAAGAUCAUGUUUUAAGCCUACUCAUUUUCCUUUUAGCAAUCAUUUUUUAAUCAUAAUUGUUUAUACCUUCAAUCAUAAUAUCUCUGUGGAUCUCCAAACAAGGAAUUUCAUUAAUUGAUUGCAUAUCUUAAUGAGCCAGCAGGGGGAGCCAUAUGCUUGUUAAUAAACCAUAUUGAAGAGUGGGGCUCAAGUUAAUGUUGAACUGUACAAUAAUAGUCUGCAAUUUUCUUCUUUUAAAAAUGUUUUUCAACCUUUGCUGCAGCAAAGAAAAUAUGUUGUUAUUUUUUUCCAUCCAUAUAGUUUAUGAUACCAUUUUUUCAAUAUCAUCAGAAGUUGAAUGUAAGAGAAGAACAGGAGGCUAAUUCUUACAUUUCAGACAUGUGUGUCAUCAGUGAAUUUUAACCAGCUUAAAAAUGUGUUUUGUAAGUGCUUUUAGGAUGAUUGAUUACUAAUAAAGAGUAAAAACCUAUUCCACAAUGAACUCCCCCAACCAAGUUCCCUCAAGUGGCAUUUUUGUAUUUUGUUUUUAUUUUAUUCAAUCAAUCAAUAAAUCAACACAUUUUUUAUUUGUA